AUGUCGCCGAGCGGGACCGCCUUGUGGCUGCUGGCGCUGGGCGUCGUGUGCUCCGCGCAGGACAAGCCGGACCAGCCCGUCAUCGUCUACUACUCCCCCGCAGAGUUCGACAAGCCGACGGUCUACAGCGUGGAUGACACCCCUUCUGCUCCAGUGGACCAACUCCCCGCCGGCGCCAACUCCACGGCGUGGCUCCGCGCGGCGCGCGCGCCACCGCCCAAGCAGCGCGAGAAGCUCAUCUUCGCCGAGGAGUUCAACAAGCUGGACCCCGAGGUGUGGGGGCACCUGGUGACGGGCUGGCGCGGCGGCAACAAGGAGUUCCAGUACUACCGGAACGACCGCCGGAACAGCUACGUCCGCGGGGGCGCCCUGUUCCUGCGGCCCACGCUCACGGCGAGGGAGUACGGCGACGCCUUCCUGUACACUGGGAAGCUGUACUACCCGGACUGCAACUUCGAGCCCUGCGUUUCGGAGUCCGGGGAAGACAUCGUGCUUCCGGUGCAGUCGGCGCGCAUCAACACGCGCGGGGCCUUCAGCUUCCGCUACGGGCGCCUCGAGGUGCGCGCCAAGCUGCCCCGCGGCGACUGGAUCUGGCCAGCCAUCUGGCUCAAGCCGGCGUCCAACGCGUACGGCGCCUGGCCCGCCUCCGGCGAGAUGGACUUGGUGGAGUCCCGCGGCAACGCCAACCUCAAGCACGUCCGCACCGGGGAGACGCAGGGCGUGCAGAAGGUGGGCGCCACGCUGCACUUCGGGCCCAACUCGUCCUACAACAUCUGGCGGCUCACGCACUGGGAAAAGAUCCUGGAGAGAGGGGACUUCGCGGACGCGUUCCACGUCUUCGGCAUGGAGUGGUCGCCCGCCGGGUUCCGCUUCACUGUGGACAGGGAGGAGAUCGGCAGCAUGCCCGUGCCGCCGGGCGGCUUCUGGGACCUGGGGGGCUUCGACAAGGACCCCGGCGGCCCCAACAUCUGGGCCAACGGCACGGAGCUGGCGCCCUUCGACAGGAAGUUCUACAUCAUCCUGAACGUGGCCGUCGGCGGCACCUUCUUCCCCAACGGCAUGGUCAACAAGCCCUACCCGCGCGCUUGGAACUGGACGUCCGGCCACCCGCUGCGCGAGUUCUGGGAGCACCGCCACUGGUGGCUGCCCACCUGGAAGGGGGAGCACGCCGCCAUGCAGGUGGACUACGUGCGCGUCUACCAGAACGUGCCGUGACAGCCUCACACCACAACCCCUAUGUGAUAUGCUUCGCGUCAACGCACAGUGACCUUCGCUGACGUCACAUCGGCGUACGCGUCACCAGGACGACAUCUUGUGAAGGAAGUUCGACGUCGCGUCGGAGUCCCCCCUGCGGUCACUGCGCCGCGCUGCGCCGAGACGACAUAUCUGUGAUGAACGGCUCCAGGAGGCCAUUGCGGUGGAACGAGUCCCUGGAAAGUGCAGGGCGCUGACCGGGGGCCGAGUGUGGAGCCACCAAAUUCAGUAUAACGAUAGUGAUAAAAGUGCAACGUGAUAUAGCAGUAGCGUCGAGGCAUACACUGUCCAAAAAGUUGAAUGAUGUAUCGACUAAAACUUAGUAGAUCUUAGAAAUGACACACCGACUAAGAAAGUGCCCCACACACUGUCAACGAAACUCACUAGUUUCAGUCGUUUCCACUUAUCUUUUUGAACAGUGUAACCCCGCCAUGAUAUAAACCCUUCGUGCAAUCGGCUGUCACAUUCCUGCAAUGUCGCAGCUCUCAAUGAAAUUCCCUCCCGGCCCGUGGAGAGCUCAACGCGCGGUGUGGAGGAGAGAGGCGGUGGGUGGUGGGGGCAGCGCGCGGCGGAGUGGGGGUAGCGCCGCACGCCGCGGUGGCGCCGCCACGCCACGCCACUGUAGGCCCGUGGCUCGGCGGAGCGCAAGCCGCGGCCGGGCCACCUCCUCGCCGGCCUGCUCGCCUGCUACAAAGACCGCCAAAAACUGCGAACCGAACGUGCGGUCGGGGGAGGGGGGUGGUGGGGAAGGGUGAGGGGGUGGAAGGGUUGAGCCGUGGCAAGUGGAGGGCAGUGGAGGGGGCCGGCGGCCGGCGAACGUCGUUUACGGACAGACCCGUGCUUUCCCGACCCACCGUCAGAUGGCGCUGGCGUUCCCCUCCCCGCUGACCGGGCUUCGCGCGCCCCUUUCAAAAAUUAAGUUGCUUGUUCUCCUCACGGAGAUUGGUGGGAAUGUGAGACAGCGUUACUUUUACGGCUUAGAUUAAGACUUGAUUGUAUAAUUUAUUGCAGAAAAUUGUUAUUUAACAGUUCUGUAAACUCUAGUACUUGCCAUUAGUAAAAAUACCACAGUACAAACAUGAUGAAUCAGGAAGUUUUUUCAUGAUUUGGGAGACUCUUGGUUACUUGGAACACAUGACCCCGUUCUGCUAUACCUUGCAUAAUCUUGAUAAUAUUCUUGCAGUCGUCUGGAAAAUCCAAGCAACAAACUCAAGAUCCAUGGAACCUGUGUAUCAUUUUUGACAUUCAAUGACAGUUAGGGAUUUUACCUAUUCCACUAUGGAGCCUUCCCUCAUGCUGUAAAUUUAAUUGACGAAGCAUGUCUUUAAUGCCGUGGGGAUACAGACCAGUAGCGUUCAAAAAAGACUGGAAAAAUAAAACAAUAGAUAAAUACAAGAGUAAAAUUUGUACCA